UAUCAUAUGUUUUCGGAUCAAAUAUUGCAUGCAUUUUUAAAUGCAACGUUUUUAUCCAAACGAGAGCAUUCUUGAUAUGUUUUCACGGAAUGACGACGAAAAAGAGGGACUAUUGGAUAAUUUUAUAAAUUCCGCAUCUUCCUUAGACAAUUCAGAACCUCCUAUCUCUUUCCCACUAAGAUCGAGAAUUAAACGUGAGGCGCACAUUGAUAAAAAUAACAGUAGAAAAUCUUCUCCAAAAUUAAAUUAUAUAGAAAAAGAUCUGACCGACGGUGAAUCUUUGCACACUUUAGCCCUCAAAUAUAAUUGCAAUAUUGGUGAGCUUAAAAGGAUUAACAAUAUACAAUUAGACAAUGAAGCCUUUUGUAAAGGAAAAAUAAAGAUACCUAUAAAUUUUUACAAUAUAGAAAUAUUGGAAAAAGAAAAGGAAGAACAGCUCAAUAAGAUUAAAUUACAAAAACAACAUUUUAAACUAAAUUACCUCCAUAACUCAGAAUCAUUGAUAUCUCAUAAUAAUGAUUUAGGAUUUCCAAAUACAGAUUUCACCGAGUCAAGUCAAGAUCUUACUCAAAAUACUUUGCCAGAUUUUGCUGGCACCAAUGAUUAUCGCGGAAAUCGGAAAGCGUUAACGCCUCAAGAGCAAUUUUUCGAAACCUACGACAAAAACAUCCGUUAUCUAUCCGCAAAAACAGAUCCCAGAAUAUCUAUAAUCCCUCAUUCCGACCCAAUCGUAUUUCCUCUAUCGAAAAUUACUGAGUCCAGCAUGUUAGCAUCAAAUCCUCCUCUUUAUCAAAAUAUAGCAGCGUCAUCACUAAACGAUAAUAAUGAUGCGAAUGUCGCCAACGUCGAUUUUAAAGGUGAUCACAGAGCUAAUCUUACCCCCUCGUUUCCUUCUUUAGACAAAGCUAGGGGUGAAGGAACGGGAAAACCAUCAAAAGACGUAUUUUUAUGUCUACCUUCUGAGUGCGGUCUCAAACUUUGGAUCGUUCUGGUGAUAAUGAUUGCCCUUUGUAUAGCUUUGCCCGUGCUUGUUUUAUGGCAUUUUUUCGUGGUUAGGAAAGAAGAGAAUUGGUGAUUGAUUACCUGAUCAAUUCCAGAGUUUUUAGGCAUCUAGAAAAAAAAGUAUAAGACUUCAUAGGACUUGAAUAGUUUUUAAACUUUAAAAAAAAUCUCACUUGGCAAAAAACGGCGCGAAUUUUUUUUUUUUUAAAUUCGAAUUUUUUUUUUCCAAAAUGGGCGAAUAAUGAAUUUUAAUUAAUUUUUUCCGUCCCGCGGUUUAUAAAAUAUUUCUUCAUGAAUUCUUAAAAAUGAUAAAUCAAAAAUUAAAGAACAUUAUAUAAUCAAAUCAUAAAAUGUUAUAAUGCUUACAAAUCAAAUCUAAUUGCAUUUUUUGAAUUUAAGAUUCGGCGUACGCUCAACUCCAUACGAAAAACUGUAAAAUAAAAAAAUACUGAAAUUUUUAAAACGUAUUUUUUCUAUAUAUAUUUAAUAUAAAACUCUUUCGC